AUGAGUAAUACCAACGUUGUGAUUUCCAAGCAAACCACACUGGAGAUGGUAAAUGGUCCCUUCCUGGUUCUCGCCAGCACUGGCUAUGCUCAUCAGACGGAGGAGAAAACGCAGACAGAUGGAACUCUGAAUCAUGAAGAAAAGCAGGGCGUGUCGUGUGGUGGGUUGGUUCAGUACUACGAGGCCGGGGAUUGGUGCGCCAUUUGUGACCCGUUUUUCAGGGCUAUUGGAGGGCAUCUGCUACAAAUGCGACUGCCUGCUGGGCACGCGAGUAGGGGGCAAAGUGAUUGGAGUAAAUUGACCCCACAAAGAGGUAUUUGGGUUCGUUGCGACUGCUCAGUUGUGGGCUCUUUCAGGAAAGACAUUUCCAGAACUGGGACUUGUCGACACGGUUUUUCAUUCCACGGAAGAUAUCUCUGA